AUGACGGGCAAAGCGGGCGCGGCGCUGGCCCCCAGCUUGCCCGGCAAGCCCAAGCCCGACGGCGCGGCCGCCGCCCCCGCCGCCCCGCCACUGCCCCCGCCGCCCCCCGCGGCUGGGGUCAAGUCCAACUCUGGGCCCACCCCUCCCCGCUGCACCGGCUUCGGCAUCCAGGAGAUCCUGGGCUUGAACAAGGAGCCGCCGUCGCACCCUCGGGCCGCCCUGGACUCUCUGCCCGCCGGGCACCUGCUGGCGGCCCGCUCCGUACUCAGUCCCGCCGGGGUGGGCGGCGUGGGCAUGGGGCUGCUGGGGGCCAGCGGCAUCCCCGGCUUUUACACCCAGCCCACCUUCCUAGAGGUGCUCUCCGACCCCCAGAGCGUCCACCUGCAGCCCCUGGCCCGGGCCCCCGGGCAGCUGGACAGCAGCCAGACGGCCAGCUCAGAUUCCGAGGAUGUCUCCUCCAGCGACCGAAAAAUGUCCAAAUCCUCCCUAAAUCAGAGCAAGAAACGAAAGAAGAGGCGGCACAGGACAAUCUUCACAUCCUAUCAACUGGAGGAGCUGGAAAAGGCCUUCAAUGAGGCCCACUAUCCUGACGUAUAUGCUAGAGAGAUGCUGGCCAUGAAAACAGAGUUGCCAGAAGACAGGAUACAGGUUUGGUUCCAGAACCGCCGGGCCAAGUGGCGGAAGAGGGAGAAGUGCUGGGGCAGGAGCAGUGUGAUGGCUGAGUACGGGCUCUACGGUGCCAUGGUGCGUCACUCCAUCCCGCUGCCCGAGUCCAUCCUCAAGUCUGCCAAGGAUGGCAUCAUGGAGUCCUGUGCCCCUUGGCUCCUGGGGAUGCACAAAAAGUCUCUGGAGGCAGCGGCUGAGGCGGGGAGGAAGACAGAGGUGGAGCGCCAGGCCCUGCCCAAGCUUGACAAAGGUGACAAGGAAGAAAGGGGUCCUGAUCCCAAAACCACCAUUUCCCAGGAGGAACUGAGAGAAAACAGCAUUGCUGCCCUCAGGGCCAAAGCUCAGGAGCACAGCACCAAAGUCCUGGGGACCAUUGCCGGGGACACCCCAGCCCCAGGCAGGAAGCCGGAGACAGGGGAAGAGGCGGCAGUGGCGGAGGAUGAGAGACAGACGGAGAAGUUGAACUCAUCGCAGAAGGAGGAGAAGUUGAUCUAGGGGGAACAGAGGUGGCAGAAGCCAGCCCCGACAGACACUGUGUCCUCUGGGGACCAUGUUCCCCCUUGGACUGCCAGGUGUCCCUGGCCACUCCUGCCAGGGAGGGGGGGGCCCUGGUCUUUGUGUUUGGGGCUGCCUGGCAGGGGUGCCCACUGCCUGCUCCCCUUGAGCAUACCCCUGCCCCUCGCUCCUCCACCCCACCAGGCCUUCCUCACCACCCCCCCCCUUCCUUUUGGGGAACUGGGAAGUGUCACAUCAUCGCUGCCACCAAUGACACUAAGGCUCUGCUCCCUUCAGCCUCAUGACUGGCUCUGGGGCUUUCUUCUUCUGCUGCAGCCCCAAACCCCAUUUGCCCUCCUGAAGCAAACCUAUUCCCUGCUGCCAUGCCUGUCCUUGGUGCACAUCUCUGCCCAGUGCUGCCCAGGCCCCUUCCCCUUGUGCCCUGUCCCACUGUGCCCAGGCAGACAUGCCACCUUCUGCUGGCCAUCACCUCUGCCUGUGGCAGCAGGACAAGCCCGUGGCAGUGCUUGCAGGAAACAAUGACCAUCCAUCUAGGGCAGCUUGCAUCUUCCACCCAUCUCUCCCUGCUCAGCACUAAGGUCUGCGGGGAAGGGACUGCAACUUAAGAGCAGCUAUGUUUUGCCUCUCUUUGGCAGGAGAUGCAGGUUUAGCCCACUAGCACGACACCCUGGUCCCGCCUGGCACCCUGAGCUGAUCCCAGCCCAUUUCACUGGCUCCUGCAGGGCUGCGUCUCACUCUGCCCUAAACACCAAAACCCUACACCCCUGCAGAGGGGAUGAAUGGUGAAUUUAUUUAUUGAAUACAUUAUUCCACAUGAGACAACAACAUCCACCUAAUGUAUUCAUUGAAUUAAAUUUGUCCAGCGCACCCUCUGAGUGUUAAAGGGAAUGACAGCCAUGCACAUCCACCCUGAUACACCCUGUAGCGUGUACAUACAUCCCAUAGGAGCACAUGCAGACCCACACAGCCAAACUCACUCCAUGAUAACAUCACCUUCCCAUCCCAGCAAAGCACUACUCCCCCUCCGAAAGCCGUAGGACAGUGACUUCCAGGUGACCCUUUCUGUCCUGCUUUCAGCUGUGAGCACCCUUUCCCCAGAGCUACUGUUUUUUCUUCCAUCAAAGGUUAAGCCCAGUCAUCCAGCCUGUUUGUCUUUGUCCCCCGAUCGUUUGAUGUGUUAGAUAAUAGCCCAUGGAGUGUAAAUAAUGUAUAUACAGUGAGAAAAUAAUUCAGUAUUGAGGUGUUUGAGAUAUGGAGCUGUAACAACUUCUAGUCAUCCAGCAUCUGUGAUUUAUGUGCCAUUUUCUGUAAAGAUACGAAGAAGAAUAAAACG